CUUUGGCACGCGUCCUCUGCCUCUCCAGCCGCUUUCCAUCUCCAUUCCCUCUCUGUCCGCAUUUCGAUCCCCUCUUCCUUGCCUUCUCUCUUUUCACCUACAUCCAAUCCGUUUUGUUGACUGUUAUUUUCAAGCACCACAAUCAUGUCUGGUUACGACAGGCACAUUACGAUUUUCUCGGACCAAGGCCGUCUGUAUCAAGUUGAAUAUGCCUUCAAAGCUAUCACCGCCGCAAACAUCACCUCGAUAGGUCUAAGGGGGAAGAACUGUGCCGUGGUUUUGUCUCAGAAGAAAGUUGCCGAUAAACUGAUCGACCCCUCGUCUGUCACGCAUAUCUUCAGACUCUCUCCUUCAGUUGGCUGUGUUAUGACUGGCUCUAUUGCCGAUGCUAGAGCCUAUGUCGACCGUGCCCGCGGUGAGGCUGCGGAGUUCCGAUACAAGUACGGCUACGAAAUGCCAUGCGACGUUCUUGCCAAGCGUUUAGCCAACAUCAACCAGGUGUACACACAACGGGCUUAUAUGCGCCCGCUCGGAGUUGCGAUUACCUUGGUCUCUGUCGACUCAGAGAAUGGCCCGCAACUCUACAAAUGUGACCCUGCCGGUUACUACGCUGGGUACAAGGCCACUUCUGCUGGUCCCAAACAGCAGGAGGCUCUCAACCACAUGGAGAAGAAGCUGAAGAACAAGGAUUACGCCGAGGGUAGCUGGGAAGAGGUUGUCGAGCUGGGGAUCACCGCCUUGAGCAGCGUGCUAAGUGUGGAUUUCAAGAAGCACGAGUUGGAGAUUGGCAUCACCGGUGGUCCUCGAACAGACGGCAAGGAGGGCACAGAUCCCAACUUCCGGGCACUGACUGAGGAGGAGAUUGAUGAACGGCUGCAGGCUAUCAGCGAAAAGGAUUAAAUCUGUUGGUCCGAUCGGUAAUACUGGUAGACAAACGAUAACAACAUGAUACAUGGAUCGCAUUCUAAAUCUGGGGUUGCCCCGAAGCGUAGUAGUAUCCCUCGCCUCUCCUUCCCCAUAAGCCGGUGGCGAUAGCAGUUAAGAGCACAGCACA